CGAUAGAAACGAAUUGUAUAUCCAGUUCUACAGACGCAGUAAUAGGACUCGGCUUAAGAUAUGGCAUGACAGUGUUAAUUAGAAAAGGAUUAAUUCGCGCUGGUUACAUAUGGCAGUGGUCUAGGUUCAUGUGACGAUAAUAUAUAAUCGCAUCGCGUCUAAGACAGUUAAUUAACUUGGUAAUUCGAGUCUGAUAUCGGUGACAAAACAUGGCAGCGACGGGUGAUACAAAUCUUGAUUUUAAAGUUACAAUGGAAUAUGCUGACCCUCAGAAUGUGGAGGGUGAGAUGACAGUUGGAACUAAAAAGAGUACGAACCUUGGAGAACCUGAAUUUAAUACAUUAGAUGAACCGAUUAAAGAUACAAUUCUCAGAGAUGUUCGAGCAGUAGGGAAAAAGUUUUUUCAUGUUAUGUAUCCCAGGGAGAAAAAAAGCUUACUGAAAGAAUGGGAUCUUUGGGGACCAUUAGUAUUAUGCACAUUUAUGGCAAUGAUAUUACAAGGUUCUUCAGAUACAGCAGAUAAUUCAAAUGAUGGGGGACCAGAAUUUGCAGAGGUUUUUGUAAUUGUAUGGAUUGGGUCUAUGGUUGUUACGUUGAACUCCAAGUUACUGGGUGGCAAUAUAUCUUUCUUCCAAAGUAUCUGUGUCUUAGGAUACUGUCUGUUGCCAACUGCUAUAGCUCUAAUUGUAUGUAGAGUUAUAUUAAUAGCAGAGCAGACAACUUUCCUAUUUAGUUUAAGGUUUAUUAUUUCCAAGAUUGGAUUUGCGUGGGCAACGUAUGCAUCGAUGGCAUUUCUUGGUGACAGUCAACCGGUAGGAAGGAAAGCUUUAGCUGUAUACCCAAUAUUUUUAUUCUAUUUUGUAAUUUCAUGGUUGGUUAUAUCACACACUACAUAAAAUAAAG